GCAAGGCGACCGAAAUCGAAUCGUAAAGGAGACGGAGAGCAGCCGGGAAUUGGACCGCUCCGUUGACCCGUUUGCGCCAUCCUCCCCCCUCUUCCUCCUUCCUCCGACCCACCAUUUGGUUUCCGGUCCCCCCUCCUCCACGGCUUCCUCUUUCGACAAGCUAUCGCCUCUGAUCGGGCGUCCAUUUGCUGAUUUUGGUGCAGGAUCAGGUCCGUCCCCAUCGGACGGGGGAUUUCUAGGGUUUUGUUGGAAUUCCCCCUCUACAUUUUGGAUUCUUCCUGGAAUUGGAUGGAUUCGGUUCGUUCUCGCGUUGUCGUUUAGCCCAACGGCGGGAGCUUUCUCUUAUUGCCCAUUGUUGUUCGUUUUCUCCGUGUAAGGAUCUAAUUUGCACGUGAAAUUAAAAAAUUUUGUCGGAAGAUCCCAUUUUUAUGUGCAUCUCUGCGGGGUUCCGGCUCAGGAUGGGAAUUUGAUCGGUACAAGGUUUGAAUUUUAGCUUUGGGUACGUACGCGUUGGAGGUGUUCGAGACAAUGCAGAGGAGGGUUCUUUGGGAAUAUUGAUUCUUGAAUCGGAUGGGGAACGCAUGUGUUGGGCCGAGCCUCUUGAAGAAUGGAUUUUUCCAAUCGGUAUCAGCUACUCUUUGGCGUAGUCGAUUGAACAAGGAGGCUCUUCCAGCUGCCAAUAAUGAGGCUGCUGGUGAGGGGACCUCGGAUGCGCCAGCACCAGCUAAACCGGAUGUCAAUGCUCCCCAACCAGUUAAGAUCCAGAAUAAACAGACUGAGCCACCCAGACUUCCAGAAGUGGAGGGCAAGCAGGCAUCCGACAUACCCUUGUCGAACCAACCCAAGAAGCCGACCCAUGUCAAGAGACUCUCCAGUGUGGCAGGACUUCAGGAAGAGUUUAUUUUGAAACACAAAACCAAUAGUUUGAAGGAUGUUUACAGCUUAGGACGGAAACUUGGGCAAGGACAAUUCGGAACAACGUAUCUUUGUGUGGAGAAGGAAACUGGCAAGGAGUAUGCUUGCAAGUCCAUUUUGAAGAGGAAAUUGAUGACAGAGGAGGAUGUGCAGGAUGUUAGGAGAGAGAUCCAGAUAAUGCAUCAUUUGUCAGGUCACCCAAGUGUAAUCUCCAUCAAAGGGGCCUAUGAAGAUGCUGUGGCUGUCCAUGUUGUCAUGGAGUUGUGUGCUGGGGGUGAGUUAUUUGAUAGGAUCAUUCAGAAGGGGCAUUACACAGAAAGAAAGGCAGCAGAGCUUGCAAGGGUGAUUGUUGGAGUUGUGGAAGCUUGUCAUUCGAUGGGGGUCAUGCAUCGAGAUCUCAAGCCUGAAAAUUUUCUUUUCGUCAAUCAAAUGGAGGAUUCACCUCUUAAGACCAUUGACUUUGGAUUGUCAAUCUUCUUCCGGCCAGGAGAGAUAUUUACUGAUGUGGUUGGUAGCCCUUACUAUGUUGCACCUGAAGUUCUGAAAAAACGGUAUGGUCGAGAGGCAGAUGUUUGGAGUGCUGGGGUGAUCAUUUAUAUUCUUCUUAGUGGUGUUCCUCCAUUUUGGGCUGAAACCGAGCAAGGUAUAUUUGAAGAGGUUUUACAUGGUAAACUUGACUUUCAGUCAGAUCCAUGGCCCAGCAUCUCAAACAGUGCCAAAGAACUUGUAAGGAAAAUGCUUGUUAGGGACCCCAGGAGGCGGUUGACUGCUCAUGACGUUUUGUGUCAUCCAUGGGUUCAGAUUGAUGGAGUGGCUCCUGACAAGCCUCUGGAUUCUGCAGUUCUUUCUCGCUUGAAACAAUUUUCUGCCAUGAACAAACUUAAAAAGAUGGCUAUCAGAGUUAUUGCUGAACACCUUUCCGAGGAUGAAAUUGCUGGCCUUAAGGAAAUGUUUAAGAUGAUAGAUACAGACAACAGUGGGCAGAUAACAUUUGAAGAACUCAAGGCUGGAUUGGAAAGAGUUGGUGCUAAUCUCCAGGAGUCGGAAAUUUAUGCACUUAUGCAGGCGGCAGAUGUUGAUAACAGCGGCACAAUCGACUAUGGCGAGUUUGUUGCUGCCACUUUACAGCUAAAUAAGAUAGAGAGGGAGGAUCAUUUAUUCAUGGCCUUCUCAUACUUCGACAAAGAUGGGAGUGGUUACAUAACUCAAGAUGAACUGCAACAGGCUUGUGAAGAAUUCGGCAUACAUGAUGUGCAGCUGGAUGAAAUGAUCCGAGAAGCGGAUCAAGAUAAUGACGGGCGUAUAGACUACAAUGAAUUUGUAGCUAUGAUGAACAAAGGAGACGCCGGAUUCGGCAAGAGAGGAUUGCAGGCUAACUUCAGUAUCGGCUUUAGGGAGGCGUUAAAGCUCGAUUGACGACGAGGUAGUUCCGUGGUUCAUAUUCUUUUUUUGUAAUUAUCACUUUAUAGAGUUGUCAUAGGACCUGGUAGUGGCUCUUUGUUGUUGUACUCACAAGGCCGCGAUAAUAAUUUUGAGAUCCAUCACCAGUUUUAGAGAGCAUUGGUGCCCCUGUAAUUGCAAAGUAUGGCCUAGUUCACCUGAUUUAUUUGACUGGGUUCAAAUCUGUUUAUGAGAUUUUAUUUUGGGAAUUAAAAGACUGUGGCAUGA